CUAUUGGACAAUACCGCCGCCAAUCCGCACCGUUCCCUUUUUCUAUUGGCUACUCUCUCCUUUCGCCCCGCCGCACUGCCUUGCUUAUGCUCCGCGCCUCCCGGCGUCGCCUUUAGUGCUGUGAAGGGGGGGGGUGGGGGGUACAACGGGAAAAGGGCCCCUAGGGGUAAGCUCCCUGAGGGAGUUUUGGGGCUGUCUCCCCCCCGCCCCCCUUGGAAAUGAUGUCCCCUGAGGAGGACGAGCGGAGCACGGCGGAAGGAGGAGAAGGGGUUGGGGGCUUCGCCCUUCUGCGAGCCCUGAAGAGCGGCAGUGCCCGGAAGCAGGGCUGUGACCCCUUUGCCCAGACCCAGCGCAGUAAGCUGCAGCACCGGCGGGCACGGAUCAACCAGCAGAUCAACAAGGAGAUGAGGAUGCGUGCUGGGGCAGAAAACCUUUUCAGAGCCACCAGUAACCACAAGGUCAAGGAGACGGUUGCAUUGGAACUGAGUUACGUGAACUCCAACCUGCAGCUGCUGAAGGAGGAGCUGGAGGAGCUGAACAGCUGCAUGGACGUCUACCAGAAUGACAGCGAGUCCAUCAGUGUCCCCAUGAUUCCUUUGGGCCUCAAGGAGACGAAGGAGCUGGAUUUGCUGGUGCCACUAAAGGAUUUCAUCAGCGAACACUAUGGAGAGGAGGGUAUCAUGUUUGAAAAAGAAAUCAAAGAGUUCAUGGAGCUGCGGCAGGCAAUGCGUACCCCCAGCCGGAAUGAGGCUGGAUUGGAGCUCCUCAUGGAGUACUAUAACCAGCUCUACUUCCUCGACAGCCGCUUCUUCCCUCCCAGCAAAAGCCUGGGUGUCUUCUUCCACUGGUACGACUCACUGACAGGGGUCCCAUCCCACCAGCGGGCACUGGCCUUUGAGAAAGGCAGUGUCCUCUUCAACAUCGGAGCCUUGCACACUCAGAUUGGGGCACGGCAGGACCGUGCCUCCCUGCCGGGGCUCAACCAGGCUAUUGAUGCUUUUCAGAAGGCAGCUGGUGCCUUUAACUACUUGAAGGAAAACUUCUCCAAUGCUCCCAGCCUGGAUAUGAGCACUGCUUCCCUCAACAUGCUGGUGAGGCUGAUGGUCGCCCAGGUCCAGGAGUGCGUCUUUGAGAAGGUGACCUUGCUGCGCACCCAGAAGGACUUCCUCACAUGGCUGCAGUUCGCUCAGGAGGCGGCCAGGGUGGAAGAUGUCUACUCAUUGGUGCACCAGACUAUGACCCAGGCUCAUGUGAAGGAUUAUGUUCCCUUCUCAUGGACCACCAUGGUCCAUGUCAAGUCAGAGCAUUUCAAAGCCCUGUCCCACUACUUUGCUGCCAUUGCUCUCUGUGAUUGCCCAGUGGCAUCCGAUGCUGAGCUGCCAGAGCAUGAGAAGGCAUUUAUCCAAUUCCAUGUCACCAUGCCCGAGGGACCGUCACUUCGUGUCCUACUGCAGGAUCCUGAGGAGAGAAGGAAGCUGGGCAAAGCUCACCUAAAGAAAGCCAUCAUGAAGCACGAGGAAGCCAUGAGGAUCCACGGCUUGUGCAAGAUCCUCCGGAAGAUGGACAUCCUCCAGGAGGUCCUUUCCUUCGCCCACAAACGUUCACUGAGCAAAUAUUCAGAAAUCGACCACGAGGAGGAUUUUUUUGAAACUGGAGACGCACCAGAUAUUCACCCCAAAACGCACCAGAAGCCGGAGAUCAAAUCACCCAGCUUCUCUCAGGUGAAGGUGACCGAUCUCUUCCACAGGCUGGGGCCCCUUUCAGUUUUCUCGGCCAAAAACAAGUGGUACCCAAUGCGGAGAGUCCAUCUGAUGAGAGGAGAGAAAGGCUUUGGGUUCACGCUGCGAGGAGAUUCCCCAGUCCUCAUUGCUGGUGUCAUCCCGGGAGGCUGUGCUGCUGAAGCUGGGCUGAAGGAGGGUGACUACAUCAUCUUGGUGAAUGGCAAGGAUUGCAGGUGGUCCAAGCAUGCUGAGGUGGUGCAGCAGCUGAAGAGCACUGGGGAGGAGGGUGUGGAGAUCGGAGUGAUAACCCUUCAGGGCUCAGAGGGGCCAAAAGCUGCGGAGAAGAAAGCAGCAGCAAUGUCCUCUGGCAGCGGGCUGCUGAAAAGCAACAAGGAGAACAGCCGGAAGAGCCUGAUGAACAGCAAAAGUGCCAGCACACUGCUGGUCUGGAACAAGAAGAGCAAGCGGAGCAAGAACAGCACUUACAGCGUCCCCUUCACCGCUGUGGGAGACAACGAGGCCAUGUACUGAGGCUAGAUUGUGUCCGGUGAGCUCUGGGGCUGGUUGCCUGUUGAUCCUCAUGAGCUCUGAUGGCCUCUGUGGGCUGUGCUGAUGUUGUGGCCGCAUGGAGCAUCCCUGGUCCAGAGGAUGCUGGGGACCCCCCGCCUUGGGGACAAACUGCUGGUCAGAUCCUCUCCAAAGAGGUGAGGGAUGCACAGCCACUGUUGCUGCUGAUCGCCGGACUCCUCCUUCUCCUGCGUUAAACUCUAUGGGGAAACACUGAUUUAUUAUUAUUUUUUUGCUCUUAAGGGGUUGGGGGAAACUGUGCUUCAGGGUAAAGCAGAGACUGGUUUGUGUCUUCUGCUCAGCACAAGGAGAAGCUGAACCAAGCCCAGCCAUUAAAGCAAAAGCUAUAACCUUCUCUAGCAUCUCUCAGGCUUUCUCUGCAAGGUAGAAGGCAGCACCGUCGCCGUGUCGCUUGCUGCCGGUGGAGCCAAGUUGUUCAGGAGCAUCUAGAAGAUGGAGAGGGUUUCAGUUUUGCGAGCCCCAUGUUAGGAAAACCCUUCAGGGCAAAUGGAGAUGAUGUUUGACUCCUCUAUUUUUGGGAGAGGGUUUUGCUUAGGCACCAGUGAUGUGCAGUGAUGUUUUGGAGGCCAGCUCAGACCUGCCUCUUGUUAGGCAGCACUGAGCUUCACAUUCGGGUCAGGCUGGACAGGGCUCUGAGCAACCUGUUUGAGCUGUAUGUGUCCCUGUUCUUUGCAGGGGAACUGGACUAGAUGACAUUUAAAGGUCCCUUCCAACUCAAACAGUUCCGUGAUUCUGCCCCUGCUGUGAUACAGCUUAGGGGUGUCCCAGCAAGCUAGGAUGGCAAUAACCAUGUCCCCAUCAUCAGGUGGCAAUAUAUCAGGUCUUCCAUCAGAUAAUUAGCAGAGAGGCAGUUUGAGCUAUGCGCUCCCUUGAGUUUUGCAAACAGCAUAGGGUUGGUCACAUCUAGGCCAGCUCAGAUAGAAAUAAGAGCAUGGGUUAGUCCUGUGCUGAAUUGGGGCACUUGUGCAGGUUUUUUUUACUGGGAACUCAGGCUUGCCCAGCAAGUGCAGCCUGGCUGCACAACCUGCUUCUUUGGAAGAAAAGGGAAAGACUUAACGUGCAUUGGUUGUCUCAUUUUUUUAAUCAGUAGAGGUGGAUUGCCCUAAAUAUGUGAGUAGAUUAAUAGCUAAGAGCCUUGUUUCUUACUUCGUAUGAGAUUAAAAUUCCAGGAAGAUAGCUCCUCCAGAUUAUUAAACUACUAAAUUUGUGCUAGUAUUGGAUCUUGCACACGUUGCUAAUACCCUAACACUGUGCUGUCAGCAUUCGUACCAGAGCUGGCCUGAUGGAUACAUGCAUCUUGGUAAUUGUACUGGAAAUGCAGGGAGACUCGGAAUACGCAUAGAUAUAUUGGCAAAAUUUUCUCAAUCUCAUUUCUGCCUCGUGCAUUAGUUUUCUGAAAGCUGAAGAGCUGUCUGGUCUUGAGUGCUUGGAUGAUCUUGGUAGGUAUAAAAUACCCUUCAGAGAUGCAGUUGUAUUUUUGUACUUUCUAAGUUGUGAUAAAUUUGUAGCGGGAGCUUCAUGAAGCCAAGAGCGGGUUGGCAGCAAGACGUCUCUGCGAUAGCAUCCCCCAGGGUUUGACCUCCAUUUCCCCUCGGUGGCCCCGUGCCCACGUGCCAAGCUUUCAGCUCUAAUUUUAUUUAAGGAGAACUGGAGGAGCGCUUCCAGCUCUGCCUUCCUUCCCGAGAAUCCUCUCUGUUUGUGCAAUGCGAGGCCUAGACAUCGUCAGACAGGAUUAUGGGUCUGGCUGCCACCACGAGGCCAUCUGCUGCAGUCAGAUUUUCUGCAUAAUCUUGCCAGCUGCUCGGCGCGGGAGUGGUAAGAUAUACGGAGAAUGGCUGCCUUGCCCUUAAUGCAUCCUAAAUGUCUUGGAGCUAGAGAUGUAUUUAUUUAAAAGAAGCGUGGGCAUCAUGGUUCCUCCCGCAUCACCCAGCCCUUCUGUUGGCGUUGCCAGAGGGGCUGUGUUUCGUGCAAGUUGGGUAUUUUUUUGUAACACCUGUGGGGUUUUUUGUUGUUGUUUUUUAAUUUGUACAUGGACUCUCACCUUUUAUGGAUUAAAAAGCACUGGUUUGAAAACA